AUGGUUUCCCCAGCUGUGACGCAACAGAAGAUUGAAUCAUGGCUUCAACACUCCGCUGCUGAUAUUAUUCGACAUCUUGACGAGGCACCUUUUUUCCACCUCAUAUUCGACGGCGUCCGUGGCUUCCGAUCUCCUGUUCGACAACGGCUACCACAGGGUAUUGUGGAGCACGCUGACAGCUGGUCGUCCGUAAGACAAGCAGUCCAGAACGACGAUCCAGAUGGUCUCAUUUUGGUUCACCGGCUCGAUGAGAGCGAUCUUUCCAAGAGAUAUGGUCAGGAGUUGUCGGGAGAGCUAGAAGAGUCGGCACCGCCGUCUAAUCCUUGCCAGACGAACGUGUGGGGGUUGGUGGUGUUGGGAAGAGCCAGCCACCGGCAUGCCUGUUACAUACUGAAGACAACACGCUGCUCGGCGGCUUCAUCGCUAUCUGCGACACGGUUUUCCAUUACAAGAGCCAAGUGCUUUGGCGCUUCCGUGCACAAGCAGUUGGAGCAGGCAUGUGUGGCUACUGCUGUGACCCUCAUAGCACUCCUCUUCACAGUUCUCUUCGCUCAAGGCAUUGAAGCAGGGUUUCUUCCCGCCAACCGCCUUCCGGCUAACCUCAAACCUUCCGCAGCGGCCGCCAAAGCAGCCGCCGCAGCUUCAGCAGCUGCCGCAGCCGCAGCAAAAUCAGCCGCCGCAGCAAAAGCAGCCGCCGCAGCAAAAGCAGCCGCCGCAGCAGCCGCAAGCAUAAACGCUAGCCCUGCAUCUCUCAACUCCAGCAUUUCCGACUUCGUGUCGUCCCUCAACUCCUCCAUCACUGACUUUGUGACGACUCUCACGGGAAGCAUCGAUCAGCUCGUCUCGAGCCUCAACAGCAGCGCGUCCGCGCUGCAGGCGCAGGCAGCCGCGUUAAAUUCCAGCCUCGCUGCGCUCAGCGACAGCCUUGCGCACCUCAACUUCACGUUCGCCAGAGCGAAUAUCUCAUCGGAGGAGCUUAUGGCGUCAGAUUCUUCAUUACCGCCGCUGCUGACGGCCUUGAAGUCUCCACUUUCGUCGCUCGAAUCGAAGCUGUCUGCCGAGGGAUUGAAGACGAGCAUCAACGAGCUCGCGAAGAACCUCGCGGGCUUCGCGACAACGGGGUCCGCGGGGGCGCAAGCUGUGCUCGGUGAGAAGGUUUCGCCAAGCGCGGCAGUUGGCGAGCGUGCCGCGGAGCUGGCGAGGCAGGUGGCGGAUCUGACGCAGCGACUCGCGGGUAUCAACGGAAACGUCAACGCGCUCGCGGGGAUGGUGAACGUUGUUGCUAGCGGGGUUGCUAACGGCGUGAACGGGGUCCUUGGUGGCGGUGUGGACGGCAGCGUGGUGGGGAAUGUCGCGAAUCUUCUUCCCCAGCAGGCAGGCAUGCUGCGUGCCGUGCUGACGUCAUGCAACGGGCUGCUGUCCCUCCAGGCCGGCGCUGCUGACAUCCAGAUCCUCAAGAUUGGCUCGGACUACAUGAUCACAUACUACCUGUACGUAGCAGGAGUGACCAAGGCCCCGGACUCGCAGGCCAUUGUCAAGGGCAGCGCCUGCGGCACCGCUGCUGCUUCAACAGCCCUGGCCCUGCCUGGCACGUGGGUGCCCAUGAGCCCUGUGUCGUGGUCGUUGGCCAAUGUCGUGCGGGCAUCAGCUGCUGACGUGGCGGAUGUGCUGGCGUCGAUCCAAGGGAUCACCAAUGCUGACCUGUUCCUCGGAUUCUCCGGCGCUGACGGGUCGCUCUCAGGGAGGAUGAUUGGUGGGAGGGUGUGA